UUGCAUUAUCAAACUCAUCAUCGUCUGGAUCAUAUCAGUACGUGUUCCCCAGAAGAACCUCUUGAAGGGAAACUUCUUCUCAUAUUUGUCCUGUAAACUCCUUUUUCGUCUCGUGGUGCUGUUGCAAGUAGGUCAACGACGUGGAGUUCACCUCCCGCGUGGGUCUGACGUAGGCCUGAACCUGAACCGUAUGGAUAAUCGUCCCGUAUAAGCUGGUGCAUGCUCUUUCGCAGUCUCUGCUGUCUGUGCCAAAUUUGCCAAGGCACGCAUGCAAUCCCCAAAAAAAGUUGUGGAGUUCUUUGACCUGACCAAGCUCAGUUGAGCAGACAGUGUAGUGAAAGCGGCAGUGGUUUGACUUUGAGUGCUGGCCAGGCAGGAAGCAGUAAUUUGUGGCAGUGAAACGGAAGCAGAGCAGCGUGAUUGUAGAUUGGUUCACGCUCGGCAUCCUGAUUUCCGUCUCUCGUCGCCAUGUGGACAAGCAAGGACAAGAGCAUCAGCGUUGAGGGCAAGGGAGAUUUCUCCCUGCUGAAUGCGGCCGUGUCCGACUUCCUUGAGCAGUACGUUCGAACGUGCAGUCCGUCUCGUUUGCAUUUGUGCGAUGGCAGUGACGAGGAAAACAAGAAGCUGUGCGAACUGAUGAGGGAGUCCGGUAUGGUGCGUCCUCUGACCAGCAAGGAGUACACCAACUGUUGGUCUGUGCGCACAGACCCGACAGAUGUAGCUCGCCUGGAGAGCAAGACAUUGAUAUGCACACCAAAGGAAGAGCAGGUUGUUGCCGAGGGCGCAAGGCAUCCUGGCACCCCGAACAUGCUGGGGAAAUGGAUGUCGGAGGAGCAAAUGGAUGCUCAAAUGAAAGACCGUCUUCCUAGAUGCAUGAAAGGUCGUGUCAUGUACAUCAUACCAUUCAGCAUGGGACCUGUUGGAUCUCCUCUAGCCAAGAUUGGCAUUCAGUUGACCGAUUCACCCUACGUUGUCGCCAGCAUGCGGGUUAUGACCCGCAUUGGCACGCCCGUCAUCAAGACCCUGAACACGGGUGCGGAGCCGACGGAGUUCGUACGAUGCAUGCACACUGUCGGCCGUCCUGACCCAGCCGACCCCGCUGAGGUGCAGAAGGCCAAGAUGCGCCUGCCGACGUGGCCGUGCGAUCCCGAGCGCGUACUCAUUGCACACUACCCGAUGCGGCGCGAGAUUGUCUCCUACGGGAGUGGUUACGGCGGAAAUUCCCUUCUCGGCAAAAAGUGCUUUGCGCUGCGCAUUGCAUCCUGGAUCGGCAAGGAAGAAGGCUGGCUCGCAGAGCAUAUGUUGAUCAUGCGUGUACAGAACCCAGAAGGAGACGUACGCUACGUGGCCGCUGCUUUCCCAAGUGCCUGCGGUAAGACGAAUCUGGCUAUGAUGGAGCCGUCGCUGCCAGGGUGGGAUGUGAAGUGUGUGGGCGAUGACAUUGCCUGGCUGAAGUUUGACAAUGAAGGACGCCUGCGUGCAAUCAACCCAGAAAAUGGCUUCUUCGGCGUUGCUCCGGGCACAUCCCUCAAAACGAACCCGAACGCCAUGGAGAUGGUGCACCGCAACACAAUCUUCACCAACGUGGCCUACACCGAGAGAGGUGAUGUCUAUUGGGAAGGCAUGGACCCUACCUAUGACCUUAACAACACCAAGGUCAUCUCCUGGCGGGGAAUUCCCCACUGGAAACCGGGCAUGUGUACCAUGGAUGGAGAGGUGAUUACUGCUGCUCAUCCAAACUCUCGCUUCUGCACACCGCUGUCUGAGUGCCCGGUUGUUGACCCACUGUACAACAGUGCUGAGGGCGUGCCCAUUGACGCAAUCAUCUUUGGCGGUCGCCGUCCAGACACGAUCCCGCUGGUCUUCGAGUCCUUCAACUGGCCACACGGUGUCUUCCUGGGCAGUGCCAUGCGCUCUGAAACGACUAAGGCCGCCGCUGAUGUGACGGAAAAGCUGCGCCACGACCCGUUUGCCAUGCGGCCGUUCUUUGGCUACAACUUUGGCGAGUACCUGCAGCACUGGCUGAACCUGGAGAAGCCUGGUCGCAAGAUGCCCAGCAUCUUCCAUGUCAACUGGUUCUUGCGCGGUGAGCAGAACGAGUUCCUCUGGCCCGGCUUCGGCGAGAACGCUCGCAUUCUGGAAUGGAUCUUCAAGCGUCUGAACGGCGACAGCAGUGUGGCCCGUGCCUCUCCCAUAGGUAUGCUGCCAACCAAUUCUGGCAUUCGAUCUAACGAUCUCUCACCCAGUGUGGAUAUGGAUCGCCUGCUCAAUGUCGAUCACAAGCUUUGGCUGAAGGAAGAAGAGGCCAUCAGGUCUUUCCUCGAGGGCCAGCUUGGCAAGGAUUGUCCGGCCGGCAUUGUUGAGCAGAUACACAGCCUGCGCGAACGCCUUGCGAAUACAUGCAGUGAAGAGUAAGGCUGAGGGUCAGUGGAUGUCUCCCAUCAGUUUGAACACCCCUGCUCCCGCAUCUGAGAUUUGACAAGCAAUUGAGAGAAUGGUCGAUGCAAUGGACCUGGUUGACCGUCACAUCAGUCUUUUAUAAAAUAUAGUUUUCUCUAGACAUACACAUGGCUUUUCGUAACGCCUGCAGUUUUAUCGUUCCCCGUUAAAAUCUAUAUCUCCAGCCUUGACAGUCACGAAACACACCCAGCCAACUGCCAUGUUGUAUGAGCAUCAGGUAUUUGACGAAUGUGUUGUAUUGAAUAGUUCUCUUACAGUAUAGACAUUUUUUAGAGUAGAGUUGUGUUGAUGUGUCCCAACGCAUCUCCUAGAGUCUAUAAUCGGGCUUCACACCGGAAUAUCCCCAGCCAGAAAUCUGGAAUAGCUCAGAUUUUCAUGGUGCAUGUAUUGCACUCAAUUCUUUUCUAGAUAGAAGUGCCAGGUAGGGCAUACGCGUCUCUUUCUCUCUCUCUCUCUCCCCUGCCUCCCUCCCUCCCUCGCCCUAGAAAAUCUCUUUCGUAGCGGUAGCAGGAAGCAUCAUGAACUUAGCUCGUAUAUCUUCACAGAGUGCACAGACCGUUUGAUUUUGUUUCUUGUACGUCUGGCGGUGAUUCUAAUUUUUAUUAUCGCAUUAUUAAUUUUCGUUUUGUGCUUGU